CUCGCCGGUUGCCACCGCUCAGCUUCAGAAAUAUCCCGCCGUCGUUCGGUGGUAUUUAUCUCCCCAGCUCGCUCGCUCCUGGCCUUCCCCUGCCGGCGCGCCUAUUCCCUGGCCGAAGCCACCUAGUCUCAGGUCCGGUCAGCCGGCUCAGUUUUUUUUUUCCAGUACCGCGCGUCGUGCUUCCCCUUCCAGCCGACCGAAGCUCCCAGCUCCAGUCAUGGCGCGUCCGGUUCCCUCUCCCAUGGCUCCCUGUCCGACCGGCCGAGAUCCCUCCAUGGCCGCGAGCUCAGCCCCUGCUCUGCUCUCGCUGCCGAGUUCCUCUGCGCGUCUUCUCUCCCUGCUGGCGCACUCAAAUUCCUGUGCUCGCCGGAGCUCUCCCUGCCGUGCGGCUACAGCUCCUGCGCCCGGCCAAGUUUCCCUGCGCGCCGCAGUUCGCCCAGCCCCUCUGCUCGCCGAGCUCUAUCCGCUCCCCAUGGCUGAGCUUCCUGCGCGUGCUGCCAUAUCCCUGCACCAGCGCCGUAGCUCCCUCUGUCCAGCAGCUUCUCUCUCCUGGAGUUUCUUUGUGUUCUGCUCAGACCUUGCUCCAUUCCCUCGCCGGCCGGUCGCGCGCCCUGGUCGGAUUCCCUGCGCGCCGCGUGAGCUCGCCGGCGUGCUCCCCAUCCGGCCAUGGUGCCCUGCGCCGGUCGAGUUUCUCUCUGCCGCGCGCAGCUCGCCCAAUCCUCUCUGCUCGUUCCGUCGUCGAAGCUUUUGGAUGCGCGCGCCCAGCUGACCUUCCUGUGUCGCGCGCGCGAAUUUUUAUCGCUUGGUCUUAAUUCCCGUCGCGUCGUCGACCUCGCCAAAUGCUUUCGUCGUUUGGCCCUGUGUCGUUAGGCUCGUUGACCGUGUUCGCUACCGCGUGCACUUAUUCCUAAUGCGCAUCGCACAGUAGUUGGGUCUCAUGCUCGUGUGGUUUUGUCGAUAUUCUCUACCGGCAGACCUCGUCAUCGACCAUGUUCAAGUAAUUGUUUGGCUCCUCGUAUCCCGCUUAUUCGAUAAAACACUCAAAUCUAUAGACUGUCAACGUACUGCUGCCAUACGCGGCUGUCUCUGUCACUUGCGUCAGCUCGCCAAACCUACAGCUUUAUAUAUGUUACUCUCUCGUAUCGUCGUCGAGCUUGCCGAACCUCGUUCUUCCCUGCUCGAUCUCGUCGAACCCCAAAUCCCGGACGUUAGGCAAAAAUAAGCGAGGUCCCUGUGCAUCGCUUAUCAAGUGCUCGAUCGGAGACUUCAAUCGAAGGUUGUCGUUGAUCCAUGCGUCAUCAAGAAUCCCAAGAGUCGGGUGAAGACGGAGUCCAAUAUCGUGAUAUUCUCCAAGUGCUCGACACCAGAGCUGAAUCAGAAUCCUUGCCGUGUUCGCGGAUAGCGCGUCAGAUUUAGAAUGGUAAGCCGAUUCAAAAUUUCCGUUAGCUUGAUUAUUAAAGUAGUUCGAUG